AAAAUAUUUUUUUCUGCUCGAAUUUAAUAAUGAAGUGUGUUUUAGUACACACAAUUUUAACUGACAUAAUAUUAUUAUUUUUGCGCAACAUAACUUACAUAAAACCCUACUUUUCUUUUUUUCUAUCAAAACAUAAAAGCAUACUUUAUCUUCUUUAAAUUUAAAUACGCGUAUAAUAUCCGUGACAAAAAAAUAUACGUAUAAUAAAUUGAAACAAGUCGUGAUAAUUUCAACAUCGACUCAUCAGUCACAGAAGUUUCUCAUUAAUCAAAUUGAAAAUACACAAAAGAUACCAUUUUAAAUGGUUUCAUCCAUCAAAGUAGUUGGACAUAGUUAGAUGCAUCUUGGUUAAGUGCAAACUUUUUUUUUAGAGCAAACUAUUUGUUUUCAAGCUGUAACCAGGUUAUGUGUCCACACCAAACAACAAUACUCGAAUUAAGCAGAUGCACAAUUGCAUGUUAACAGUAAUUAAGCCAUUAAUUUUGAGAAUAAUUAGUAUCUAAUUGUAUUUCACGUCCGUCCAAUUUUUUGCGUUGAUAUUCUUAUAUGGUUUCUGUUUAAUAUAAAAUAUCUUAUUUAUGAAUUUGUGCAGAUAUUAUAAAAAAAUAUUAUAUUAGAUGUAUCUAUCACUGUGCGUCUCUAUUAUAACGUGGAUCAAGAUUCCUUUCUUAUCUUCAUCACUCUCACAUUCCUCUGUCUUCAAACUCACACAAAGAAAAAGAAACUAGAAAAUGACUCGACCGGCAAGAUUCCUCGAGACGGCGGCGACGCCACCACAACCGUCGGAGCAGAUGCUUGCGGCGGAAUCCGACAUGGUUGUGAUCUUGUCGGCUCUUCUCUGCGCUCUCAUAUGCGUAGCUGGCCUUGCCGCCGUCGUACGCUGCGCUUGGCUCCGACGGUUUACCACCGGAGAAAAUUCUCCGUCGGCGAACAAAGGCCUGAAGAAGAAAGCUCUCCAGUCUCUCCCAAGAUCCACUUUCACCGCGGCGGAAUCAACCUCCGGCACGGCCGCCGAAGACGGUGGAGAUUCGACGGAAUGUGCGAUUUGUCUCAGUGAUUUCGCUGACGGCGAAGAGAUCAGAGUGCUUCCUCUCUGUGGCCAUUCCUUCCACGUGGAGUGUAUUGACAAAUGGCUUGUCUCUAGGUCGUCGUGUCCUUCUUGUCGCCGGAUUCUUAGGCCGGUGAGAUGUGACCGGUGCGGUCACGCUUCCACGGCGGGGAGUCAAAUGAAAGAUCAUCAACAUCACCAACACUCGUCGCAGCUCACUUCCUCUAUUCCUACUUUUCUUCCUUAACACUAAUUUUUUCUUAAGUAUCUGAAUAAUUAAUUCAGAAAGUAUGUAAAGUGAGUUUCAUUAGUAAAAUUCUUAGGAAAUAGAGAUCUUUUGUGUGAUUUUUCUUGUAAUUUAUCGUGUUUAAAUCAAUUAGAUGGAGUUUAUAGUU